GGAGCAAACUGAACUGAAAAAUAUAUAAAAUACAGGCACGGCCGCCUCGCAUCGCGGCCCUUAACGGAACAAUACUUAUCUUUUUCCCUGCCCCCGCGGCCGCCGCCCCGAACGCGCACGCCUCCUCCGCCGAAGCCAAGCAAACCACCGACCUCGACGGAGUCUUCUAGCCGUCACCCUCGUUGUCGCCCUGCUCCUCCUCUCAGCCGGUCCGGCCGGCGGCGUGGCGUGAAGAUCAAUCCGGACCCGGAACGAGUUCCCUCUUUUGCUGGUUACAUAAACUUUGGAAUAGGAGGAUAUCCCAUAUUGAUCUUUGUGAUUGAGAUUGAUUUUUUUUCUGGAAAAUGGAGAUACAAACUUCAGGGAAGCCCAUUGAUGUGCUGAUGGAGAAGGUUCUUAGCAUGAACAUUCUGUCUUCUGAUUACUUUAAGGAGCUCUAUAGGUUGAAAACCUAUCAUGAGGUCAUCGAUGAGAUCUACAACACUGUCAAACAUGUGGAGCCUUGGAUGACUGGCAAUUGCAGAGGCCCCUCCACUGCAUUCUGUCUUCUAUACAAGUUCUUUACCAUGAAGCUUACUGUCAAACAGAUGCACGGUUUGUUGAAGCAUCCUGACUCCCCACACAUUAGAGCUAUUGGUUUCUUGUAUCUUCGGUAUGUUGCAGACCCAAAGGUUCUUUGGAUGUGGUAUGAGCCCUAUUUGAGGGAUGAUGAGGAGUUCUCCCCCGGAUCUAAUGGCCGCAAGACAACCAUGGGUGUUUAUGUGCGUGAUCUUAUACUUGGACAGUACUACUUUGAUAGUCUUCUACCAAGAAUUCCUCUCCCAGUAACUCGUCAGAUUACAGCCAAUCUUGAAAAGAUGAAAUUGCCCACUAAGCUUUCUGGGGCAACUGGAGACUCCAGUCGUCAGGGAUCAGAAGAUACUGCACGCCGUCCUCCUUCAGUGAAAGCUUCUCUGUCAGUUUCCUUUGGACAGCGUGCUCCACAUCGGGCUUCCACCAGGGAUUCAUCUCCAGUUCGUCGAACAGUCACCCGUGAUGGUCAUCGAAGUUCAUACUCACCAUCUCGUCGUAGUGGUAGCCGUGAGGGUCCUGAUCAUGACCGUUCUGACCGGGAACUGGAUCAUUCUAGUCGUGACCGUGAAAGAGCCCGGGAUCGUUCAAACCGGGAUCGGUAUCAUUCAAGCCGAGACCUUGACCGUGACAAGGAUGCCAGAGAUUAUCAUCGGCAUGAGCGUGAUAGCAGGGAUCGUGAGUACUACAGGUCCAGGCAUUCAGAAGAAAGACGGGACGACAGAAGAGAUCAUGAAAGUAGCAGGCACAGGCGCUCUAGCUCUCGCCACAGGAGCAGGAGUAGGAGCCGAAGCAGGAGCAGGAGUAGGAGCAGGAGAAGCCGCAGCCGAAGCACGAGCAGGAGGAGCCUGAAUGAGCAGCGAUCCAGCCCAUUCAGGGAUGCAAAUAAAGAGAAGGCAGCCACCGUGUCGAGCAACCUAGCAAAGCUGAAGGACUUGUACGGUGACAUAACUGCAAAGAAGGAAGACAGUGAUGCUGAAAAGCUUCACCGUGAUUCAUGCGCUGAGGAGGUCAUCAGGCUGGGAGGCCCUCGAUGGAGGGUGAUACAUCAUUUCCUGUCAACUCAUUAGCAACAUGCCCUUGCGAGCCAUUAGAUUCAUCAAAUGUCACAUCUACCACAAUUUCAACAACACCAGUGGUAUUGUUGAAGACAUGAUAUCUGUGAGCAUUUGAUGCAUUACCAAGCAAGAAGCCCUCGUCCACUUUUGUAGCAAACUUUGAGCUUUUUUGCUUUGUUGUUAAGAAUAAAAUGUUUACAACUAAAAACUCGAAAGUAAUCAACUUUUCAUUUGUUACCAACGAGUAGCUCAUAAGAGGUCUUCUUGUAAAUCUUGUGAAGAUAGAGAAGGUUGAUUGCAUGACACGCAGUGUUGACAGCUUCAGCCCAAUAGUUGUCUAGAGUCUUGUAUUCAUCAAGCAUUGUCCUUGCUAGCUCGAUAAGAGUUCGGUUCUUCCUCACCACGACACCGUUUUGUUGUGGAGUGUAGGGAACAUAGAACUCAUGCUUGAUGCCCUCUUCAGUCAGAUACUGAUCAACACCUGUGUUC